CCGCUUUGUUUUUACACAUCACUAGCAAAACUGCAUUCGUGUCACAAAAGAUUAAAACGCAAAAGAAAACAGGCCACAGUUUAUUUUCCUUAAUAAAGUUUAUAUUACUUGCAAACAUGGCUGAUGAACAACCAAAUCUUGUAGCUGGACACCCACCUGCUUUGAAGGCCGGUGGAAUGCGUAUUGUGCAGCAUAAGGCACCAGCCUCAGAGCGUCCGGCAAAGGAUGCUGAAGAUUGCACUGGACUGACGCAACCAGUCAACGUAAAUUCGAGUACCGUGAGCGGUGCAACUGUCAAGGGUAACACAGAUUUUACACCAGCGUCCGCGCAGGUGGCUCACUCCCAUAAGCCACCAAAUGCCGUUCAACAGAAGCCCCAACCACACAUACAACAACCUCGCAAAUGAAUAAUCGGCAAUUAAAUAGGAUAUGUCACCACUGACUUUAACUGUAUUUGAUUGCUUUGAAAAAAGCGAGAUUAAUUUAAAUAUGCCUUGUAUUUUGCUACUCCUAA